AUGAUGGGAGGUCUCCAUAUAGAAAUAGCAAUCAUGAGUAUGAUAGGCUCAUGGUUAACUGGAUCAGGCUGGACUGAUAUUCUUGUUGAUGCUGGAGUCACAAGUCCUGGGCGAGCAGAAUCUCUCUUAUCAUGUUCACAUGUGAAACGUACUACAUACGCUCAUCAAGUAACAGUAGCUGCAUUAGUCAUCUUGGAGGGUCAUACUCACAAGUCUCGAGAAAUAUGUAGUGAGGAACCUUAUUUAGAUUUCGAUGAGUGGUGUACUAAUCGUACUGAGGAAUCAGUUCAGUUUCUUUUUUGGUCAAUCACCAUUGAGCUAGACGUUCUAUUGCUGGCUUAUUCGCUGAGUCCGCGUGAGAGCAAUUUCAUUAAGUACAAGAGAGUUCUUGUAGAUAUCUGUCCAUGGAUGUUUGCGUUAGAUCAUACCAACUAUGCGAGAUGGCUACCAGUUUUCGUGAAGACUCUUCAAGAAUUGGAAAUUCAUCACCAUAGCAUCAAUGAAGAAUUCAUGAAAGGAAAGUUUGUUAGUAUGAAAACGAAUCGAUCAUUUUCAGCGAUAGCUGAUGAUCAAUUACAUAAACAGAGCAACAAAAAGAUAAAGGAAAUUGGUGGAGCAAUUGGUUUACUAAACAAUCCUACAGCGCUUCUAAAAUGGACGGUUGGUGGGCCAGAUAUUGUGAAAAUGAUAUCUGACUUAGAUUUAGAGAAAAUACGAAAUCUUUUGAGGAAAGAUUCAGAAAGCAUACUCUUGCUAUUGUAG